AGAUAACUAACCCUUCAUCUCUUAAUUUAACCAUGGCUUCCUUCAAAUUCACUUUCUUUCUCUUCCUUUCUUCUCUCUUCCUCCAUGGUUCUCUAGCUGAGAUUGUUUGCGAAGAUUUGCCACAUGAUGUUUGCGCGUUUUCGAUAUCGUCUUCAGGGAAGAGAUGUUUGUUGGAGACGGCGAGGGAGAAAGAUAAGGUAGAGUACCAAUGCCGGACGUCGGAGGUGGUGGUGGAGCGAAUGGCGGAGCAUAUCGAGAGCGACGAAUGUGUUCGGGCCUGUGGGGUUGAUAGGAAUGCCAUUGGCAUUUCAUCCGAUUCCCUUCUCGAACCACAAUUCACCAACAAGCUUUGUGCCCCCGCUUGCAGCCACAACUGCCCCAACAUCGUUGACCUUUUCUUCAAUUUGGCCUCCGGUGAAGGAGUGUUUUUACCAGAUCUGUGUGAGGCUCAGCGCAUCAAUCCACGGCGGUCGAUGGCGGAGUUCUUGUCGAGCUCUGGGGCAGCCCUUGGGCCUGCUCCCAUGGAAGCAGAGUUAUUUGCGGCUGAUGCAUUAGCUUCGGCUCCAGCCCCAGAUCCCCUGGAAUGAUCAAAUUCGUUUGUGGUUGUUACGUUAUUACCUAUUAAUUGGUUUCAUCAGAAUUGGGUUGAUUCGAGAUGUAAAUUGAUUGGAGGAAUAAUUGGCAGGGAGAGGAGAUAAUUCGGGGUUUGUUUAUGAG